AUGGUCAAGCACGCUUACUUUGACGUCAAAUAUGGUGGACAGUCAGGCCGAAUCAACUUCAACUUGUACGACGACACCGUCCCAAAGACAGCUGAGAACUUCCGAGCCCUCUGCACUGGCGAGAAGGGUUUCGGCUACAAGGGUGCUCCAUUCCACCGAAUCAUUCCUCAAUUCAUGCUUCAGGGAGGUGACUUCACUCGGCAGAACGGUACUGGCGGCAAGUCCAUCUACGGCGAGAAAUUCGCAGACGAGAACUUCCAGCUCAAGCACACCAAGCCAGGUCUCCUCUCGAUGGCCAACGCAGGACCAAACACUAACGGCUCCCAAUUCUUCAUCACCACCGUCGUGACCUCAUGGCUCGAUGGCAAGCAUGUCGUCUUCGGUGAGGUUGCCGACCAACAAUCGAUGGACAUUGUCAAGGCAAUUGAGAAGCUAGGAUCCCAGAGCGGUGCCCCAAAGCAGCCUGUUGUCAUCACAGACUGCGGUGCGGACUAA